GGCAUUCCUAGCUGUGGUUUCCAAUUCAAAGCCCACUGAGAUUGUCCUGCAAAGUCACACAGCUGAAGAUGACUAGUAAGAAGGAAAGAAAAGAUAGGGAACCUGCUUGUACCUGGAGUUUACUGCCGACAGAGAAAGAUUACAGAGAAUUGUACAAGAAACAUCUAAGAGAAAAAUAUCUGAAAUUUGGAGAUGAUAAAUGUUACCACCAGUGCAAACAUAUCAAAUCACGACUGCUUCUUGUAAAAGAGCAUGGUGUAUCAGAAAAGACACCACAUGGAAUCCCUCAGCAAGAUCAUUUUAUAGACAUGGAACAUGUAUUUGAUCCUAAUGAAGAAGGCUCCACCUCAUCUAGAACUGUGGUGCUUCAGGGAUGUCCUGGGACUGGGAAAACAGUUGUGGUACAGAAGUUUAUGUUUGACUGGGCAGCAGGAAUGGUAACUCCAGGCAGAUUUGACUAUCUCAUCUACAUCAACUGCAGAGAAAUAAGCCAUACUGUUAACCUUAGUGCUGCUGACCUGGUCACUGAUACUUUUCAGGAUAUAAGUGGACCAAAACUGGACAUUAUCUUUAGAUAUCCAGAGAAGCUUCUAUUCAUUUUUGAUGGAUUUCCUGAGCUGCAGUAUCCUAUAUGUGAUCAGGAAGAGGAUUUUAGUGUUAAUCCCUGGGAGAAGAAGCCAGUAGAGACACUCUUAUGCAGUUUUUUGAGGAAGAAGUUAUUACCUGAAUCCUCUCUCUUGAUAACUGCUCGACUUACAGCAAUGAAGAAGCUCCAUUCUCUGUUAAAACAGCCUAUCCAGGCAGAGAUACUAUGGUUUACAGAUGCUGAAAAAAAAGCAUAUUUCUUGAGUCAGUUUUUAGAAGCUAAUGCAGCAAUGGAAGUCUUCUGUAGUUUGCAAGGAAGUAAAGGCAGUGACAUUGUAUCUUCUCUUCCUUUAGUCUCCUGGAUGUUAUGUAGUGUCCUACAAUCACAAGUAGAUGAUGAUAGGACUCUUUUGAGGUCUCUUCAGACCAUGACUGACAUGUAUCUGUUCUAUUUUUCUAAGUGCCUUAAAAGCCUUAUAGGCAUCUCAGUGUGGAAGGGACAAAGUUGCCUGUGGGGUCUUUGCUCUUUGGCUGCAGAGGGAUUGCAGAAGCAUCAGGUUCUGUUUACUGUCAGUGACCUCAGAAGACAUGGGAUAGGAGCUUAUGAUAUCAGUGGCCUGUUUCUUGCUCACUUUUUGAAAAAAGCUGAAGGAGGUGUUAAUAUCUACACUUUUCUUCAUUUCAGUUUCCAAGAGUUCUUGACUGCUGUGUUCUAUGCCCUGAAGAAUGAGAACAGCUGUUUGUUUGGUGAUCACAAGGGGAAACCAUGGCAAAAAAUAUUCCAAUAUGGAAAAGGUUUUUCGUCACUAAUGAUACAAUUCUUAUUUGGCCUUUUACAUAAAGGAAAAGGAAAAACUGUGGAAAAUACUUUUGGAAGAAAAGUGUCUCCAGGACUUAGGGAAGAGUUACUGAGAUGGACUGAGAGAGAAAUAAAGGAUAAGUAUUCUAGGCUAGAGAUUGAGUUAGUGGACUUGUUUCACUGUUUGUAUGAGAUGCAGGAAGAAGAAUUUGCAAGAAGGAUAAUUGAUAAUUUACAGUCAAUUAUGUUUCUUCAAUCUACCUAUACAAAUAUGGACCUUUUGGCUAUGUCGUUCUGUGUAAAAGGCAGUUUUAGUUACCUGUCAAUGUCUCUGAAGUGUCAGCAUCUACUUGGAUUUGAUGAAGAAGUACAAGCCUUAGCAUUCAUGCCACCAGCCUUAACAUUUACUCGUUUUGUUUUGUUUAUCCCUUUUAGGUCCCUCAAGCUGGGAAAUUUGCCAGUGUCUCGGCUAUACUUGCUCUGUCAAGCACUGUGUAAUCCGAAUUGUAAAAUCAAAGAUUUGAAACUGAUUUUUUGCCAUCUCACAGCUUCUUGUGGUAGGGAUCUCUCUUCAGUAUUUGAAACCAACCACUAUCUGACAGAUUUGGAAUUUGUGAGAAGUACCCUGGAAGACUCAGGAGUGAAGCAUCUGUGUGAGGGAUUGAAACAACCAAACUGUAUUCUACAGGCAUUGAGGUUAUACCGAUGCCUUAUCUCAUCUGCUUCUUGUCGGGCACUAGCUGCUGUUCUUAGCACUAAUGAGCGGCUCACUGAGUUGGAAUUUAGUGAAACAAAACUGGAAGCUUCAGCUUUGAAAUUGCUCUGUGAAGGUUUAAAAGACCCACGCUGCAAACUACAGAAGCUCAAGUUGCGUGGUAGCAUUCUCUUGGAAAACUCAGAGGCUAUUUGCAAGUAUCUUGCCUCUGUUCUUGUUUGUAACCCACACCUCACAGAGUUGGACUUGAGUAAAAAUCCUCUGGGGGACAAAGGAGUGAACUAUCUUUGUAAGGGUCUCAGACAUUCCAACUGUAAUGUGGAGAAAUUAGACUUGAGUCAGUGUUACCUCACAGAUGCUAGUUGUGUGGAGCUUUCUUCUUUCCUGAAAAUGAGGCAGACUUUAAAAGAGUUGUUUGUGUUUGCCAAUGUCCUGGGGGACAUAGGAAUACAGCAUCUCUGCGAAGGUCUGCUGCAUGCAAAGUGCACAAUUGAAAACCUAGUGCUUUCUGAAUGUUCUCUCUCUGCAACUUGUUGUGAGUCCCUUGCCCAAAUUCUGAUCUCCUCCCAGGCCCUGACAAAACUGCUUCUAAUUAAUAACAAAAUUGAAGAUUUGGGACUGAGAUUACUGUGUGAAGGAUUGAAACAGCCUGACUGUCAGUUAAAGGAUCUGGCGUUGUGGACCUGUCACCUGACUGGGGCAUGCUGUCAGGAUUUGUGCAAUGCACUCUACACCAAUGAACACCUGAGAGACCUUGACCUCAGUGACAAUGCCCUAGGGGAUGAGGGUGUGAAGAUGCUGUGUGAAGGGCUAAAACACCCCUACUGCAAACUGCAUACUUUGUGGUUAGCAGAAUGUCACCUCACAGAUGCGUGUUGCGGAGCCCUUUCCUCUAUCCUCUACAGAAAUGAAAACCUAAUCUUGUUAGACUUAAGUGGAAAUGACCUCAAGGAUUUUGGAGUGCAGAUGCUGUGUGAUGCACUGAGUCAUCCAACAUGUAGACUUCAGACAUUCUAGUAAGUCACUGUGAUGGGGAGGGUGGAAAAGAGAGGUCAGGACAGGCAUGUUGAAUUUGUUGACAACACAUUUCAGUGAAGAUAGAGGAUAAAAACUGAGGGCAAGGCAUGCCAAGGAAAAAUAGUAGAGUAAGUGAAAUUGUCAAUAGACCUACCCUCUUUGGACACAGAUCAUAGAGACAGGCAGAGAACAAGAAGCCUUGUUUUUAACUGUUAAGGCAAGCAACAUAGU